AAUCUGGCGCUGGAGGCUACGACGGACACCCAAUCCGAAGAAGUGGAGGUCGAGAAUCCGCCGAUACCCGCGGUGGAGCGGCCCGAAUAUGAAACUCCGCGCGCAAUACUCCAAAGACCGAGGACAACGUUGAUCCAGUGCCGGGAGGUCGAAGCGAGUCAGGAUCAAGAUAUUCCUGACUGCUCACUUUCCGACGAGGCGUCGUCGAAAACCGUAACGGUCAAGGAGGCGCUGGAAGAUCUCGAUCAAGUGACGCUGGACAUAUGGGCGACUGAUCCGCUGGUGGAGAAAACCACAGACAUGGAAGUGGACAGGGAAAGACCGGGAGAAGAAGAUGGCCGAGGUGACAUUGAGGACGUCAGCCUAGAUCAAACACAUGCGAUUGGGCAAGAUCAAGGAACAACGCCGUCGGAAAGCGGUGGGGCGGAUCUGCCAUCAAUGAUGAGUAUACAGCCUGGGACAGGACAUGUGACUGGUGAUCUGUUGAAUGACAAGUGUACCACGUUUAUGUCGCAGAAAACGGACAUGGAUCCACCACCUGUUGUGGAAGAUCAACCAGACACAUCGGAUCUGGAUUUUACCUGGGACUCAGAUCAAGAUUAUGAUGAAUGCGUGUAUUACCAUGAAAGAAGCGAUUUAUACGCCGAAGAUGUCGAUGGUCAGAUGGCGGUGCUGCCCGAAGGGCCUGUCACGACGGGAGAUGUGAAGAUCGGCGAUAUUCAACUUCAAACUCCAGAAGAGAUCGAGCGACUUUGCCAAAAGAUUUGGAAGUUCCGACACCUCUUGAUCGGGAAAGGAAAUGCCCUCCCGCCGGCCGCUAGAGGCGUGGUGUGUGAUAUCGACGUCGGAGGAGCGAGACCCAUCGCCCUCAAGUGUCGUAAGUUGCGGAUCCAGUUCAGAGAAAAGCUGGCAGACCUAAUCAAGGGUCUAUUGUCCGCCAGGAUGGUCAACUAUUCCAGAUCACCAUGGGCUUCCCCCAUCGUGGUGAGCAUUAAGAAGAAUGGGGUGGACAUCCGGCUAUGUAUCGAUUAUCGGCUGGUUAAUAGCCUGACACAACUGAUGGUAUACCCAAUGCCCUUGAUCAACGAUCUACUCGAAGAUCUGGAGUCGACACUUUGGUACUGUUCUUUGGAUAUGACAAGUGGAUUCUGGGUAGUGAAAAUGACGGAUCGUGCUCGUUUGAUCUCGGCUUUUGUCACCCCCUUUGGACAAUUCGAGUGGAAUCGAAUGCCUUUUGGCCUGAAGAAUGCGCCCCAGAUCUAUCAACGCCGCAGAUCAUACAUCGAUGACAUCCUGAUCCCCGCUAUUAGCGGGGAUCAGCUAUGCGACCGAGUCGAGGGAUUGCUCGAAGCGUGCGAUAAAUGGAACCUGUCGAUCAGCAUAGUUAAAAGUUUCUGGGGAAUGCCCAAGGUCGAAUACCUGGGCCAUAAGGUCUCACGCAAUGGACUGGAGGGGAAUCCGAAAGAUCUGUCGUCAUUGACAGAUCUGGUAUUCCCUGGAUCACUUCGAGCUAUGCAGUCAUUUCUAGGAAGUCUGAACUACUAUAGUCGAUUUAUCGAAGACUACGCGAUCUACGCGUCGGUCCUGUAUGAAUUGCGAGAAAUCGACUUUGCUGCGAUGGCGAAAGAGGCGACCCGAGGACAACAAGUACUGGAAGCAGGAGGCGCAGACCCAGGGUCACAAGAAGAUUUGAACGUCGAUCACCGAAGGACCUUGGAUCAGGAGGCGCCUGAUCCUACCGAGACCAGGGUUGCUACAACUCCGAUCUUACGACAUUUUGAUCCAGAUCGGAAGGCUACCGUGGUGGUGUACGCUAGCGACUGGGCCAUCUCGGGAGCUUUGAUGCAAGAAUACGACCAGAUCUACUACCCCGUGACGUUUGCGAGCCGUACUCUGAAGUCGAAUGAGUUAAACUAUGGGAUCGCGGGAAGUGUUAGCCCUUCUGAGGAUCCUAGAUCUCAAUUACAAUGCGUUGGUCGGGCGUCCAAUCCAUGUGCUAACCCGACACUCAACAUUGGCGUGGCUCUUCAGAUCAACAGCCUUACAAGGACGUUUAGGACAAUGGGCGGCCCUGCUGUCGCCUUGGACUCUUGA